GAAUAGGCGGAGCUUGUGGUGGAGCCACUCCAAUUGAUGGUGGUUCAGGUGGUGCGCCAAAACAAUCUUGCAGCAACCAGCAACAGCAUACUACAUAGAAACUGUGAAUGCAGCACUGGAUUAUUAAAGCAUGCAUACUCAAUGUAGGUCUAAAUGAAGAGAAACAUGUUACCAACCAAGAGUAUAUGGAACUACAGAGUCCAUUGAAGAAGUUGCCAAGAACCGAAGGUGGUCCGGGACAUGAACCUGGAUAUUCUGGAGGCCCAGGUUCCUCCGGUAGUCUCAUUCUUACCUUGCUUGCUGAAGAUGAACCAAACACACACCUAUUUACUAUUGUUGAGGAUGUCACGCACUUAAAUUCUCUUAAAGGAAAAGACAGGGCUGAAUCUUAUAGACAUUUGGCAAUUUAUAUACAGACAACCAAAAUAUUUGAUUGGUGGUUGCCACAGUGUUCUUAA